AUGCUGUUGUGGAAAGAAGUGCCCAUGGAAAUGGGCAAUGGGACAACUGUCCAAGAAUUCACCUUGGAGGGGUUUCCUGCUGUUCAGCACCUGGGAAAAGUCCUCUUUCUGAUGCACCUGCUGGCAUACCUGCUGUCCAUUGCAGCCAAUGCACUCAUAGUCACCAUCACCUGUGCUGACUCCCGGCUCCAGACACCUAUGUACUUUCUCCUCAGCAUUUUCUCCUUCACUGAGUCUUGUGUCACAAGUGCUGUCAUUCCUAAGUUGCUGGUCAUCUUCCUUUUAGGCAAGCAAACGAUUUCCUUUGCCGCCUGUUUCAUACAAGCCUCUUUCUUAAUAUUUCUGGGAGCAGCAGCUUUCCUCCUCAUAGCAGUGAUGUCUCUGGAUCGGUACCUGGCCAUUUGCAAGCCUCUUCAUUACCCAACCAUCAUGAACUUGAAGACUUGCUUCCUCCUGAUCACAGCCUGCUUUGCUUUGGGCUUCACUCUUGUUACUUGUCUGGUGGUGAAGGUGUUCCAAUUAUCCUUCUGUGGCCCCCGUGUCAUCCCUCACUUCUUUUGUGACCUCGGUCCUCUGAUCCAUCUCUCCUGUUCUGACACCAGGUCUGUUGAAAAGUUGGCCUUUGUCCUCAUUCUGUGUAUCCUUUUGACAUCCCUCAUCAUAACCAUCAUUGCGUACAGCAACAUAGUAAUCACAAUCAUGCAUCUCCCAUCAGCCAAGGAGCGACAGAAAGCCUUCUCCACCUGCUCCUCUCACCUCAUUGUCCUCUCUCUGAUGUACGGAAGCUGUGUCUUUAUAUACCUGAAACCAAAGCAAGUGAACAGGCUGGACUUCAACAGGGAGGCUGCCCUUGUGAACACGGUGGUGACCCCACUGCUGAACCCUGUCAUCUACACUCUACGGAACAAGCAGGUCCACCAGGCUCUGAGGGAGACCAUAUGCAGAAUGAAAAUGUCAAGGUGA